CGCGCCGUGCGUCAGUAUGGAUUUGUGCGUUUAGAGGGCGGCACACCUGUAGGCUGUCUUGUGUCGUGCUGUGUUCAUCCCUAGCUGCUCUUGUGUUGAGUGAAGGUGUGUUUCUGUGUUGUGUUCGGGCUUCCCAUCGGUGUCGCCGUCUUCCCAGGCCUUCUGUCAAUCGAAAGGAUUUCUUAGCGAAGUUGCAGUGACCUGUUCGUGUGUUAGUGUAUAUAACUGAGUUAGUGUCAACACUACCUCCAGUGUUAGUGUUAGUGUCAUGUGAUCGGAGUCAUCAUGGGAUGUGUACAGUCUUACUUCAAAAGAGCUCACAAUGCCGGAAUAUCACCUUCUUCAACGCAAGAAUCGAACAGUAAGCAGCCAAUCAGUGAGGAUGGCACGAAGCCUGUCCAGGAGGAAAGAAGUAUCACGGAGGAGCCGGAGAGCAACGACACAUCGUACGGCGUGGAGGCGACCGCGGUGCGAACCCUAGCGGCGACCACAGGAACCGUAGCUAUCCUCGGAACCACGGCCAAGACCGCAGAGAAGAAGGAAGGGAAGGAGGAGGGUAGCAGCGAGGCGGCAACGCCUGUGGUGGUAGACACAAUACCUGAGGAGCAAGAAGAACCUCCUUCUAGCGUUGAGCAAGCCGUCGUCCACGAAGAGGAUAAAAGGGACAGCAAAGCGUCUGAGAAGAGCUCAGGUCCUGCCUCCGCCAACAGUAGACCCACCAGUAGCCAUCUAGAAGACAAUGAUAAGAAGGAAGCUGCAGACCCGUCACCACCUGCCUCAUCGAACGAGCCCAAAGAGAGCACUCCUAGCGAGUCUUCAGAGGCGAUAAAGUCUCCUCUUCCGAAUUCUAAUAAAAGUGAAACCGCUUCUCCCGAGGUAAAAUCGCCAGUUUCACCUCCGGAUGAAACCGAAUCAAAGAUCGCCGAAGAAGUUGCAACAGAAUCCGUAGUUAGUGAAUCGACCAAAGACAAGGAAGAGGAUAUUUCAAAAUCAAUAUCGAGUGAAAGGUUAAAAACGAAUAGUUUAUCGAACACGACUUUAUCGUCGGAUUCCAUUGCUGAAAUCGAAAAUGCCAGCGUAAAACAGUCACCUUCGGUUGAAAAAGUAAUAGAAAGCUUUGACAGUUCGAGUACUGUGGAGUUUGUAGAUAUUGCGACCAAAGACUCGCCCAAGGCCGAUGAUACCGCGACAAACCCCGCACGAUCGAUAAGUUCUGAUUUAUCUAACAAAGCCAAUCUACCAGUUGAUGGGGAGAAGACGCCUGAUGUCACAUCUCCAGUGGAACCGGAAGAGAAAUUGUAUGAGGAAGAACUUCCGCCUCCUCCGCCACCAGAAACAGAAGAUACCUCAGAAGCUCAAAUUCCAAAUGAUACUAUACAGUCCCCUCCUAAUCUAGAAAAGACAGAAAUAACAGAAGAUAGUUCAGUCAAAGAGACCGAUCAAGAAGAAGUCGAUGCGAAUAGUUUAUCAAAGGAUCAACAGAAUGAGGAGCCUUCUUUAAAUUCUGAAUUGACUUCUAAUACGUCAAAUAGCAUUCAGUCCGUUUUAAAAAACGAAGAAGCUCAAGACAUUAAUUCCAAAAGUGCCAUAGAAAACAAUUCUCCAAAUGCCUCUGAAGAAGUAAAAGCGGAAACGGGAAGCCCAUUCAGUACCGAUAACAACAGCUCACUGAAUGAUAAUGGGGACGCAAGUCCGGUGAAGACAGUCACUUCUAGCCCAGCUCCAGAAAUUUCAGAGGAUCACAAAGAGGAAAUUAAACCAGAGGUGGUUCAGAGUCCAGUUCCAGACAAAUCUGAAAGCACCCAAGAGUUAACAAACGGAUUAGCCUCAAGAAACGAAACACCCAUUGAGAAAACACCAGUCAACGAACAAAUAUCCAAACCUAGUGUGGAAGAAGUUCUAAAUAGCACAGAAGGCAAUGAAUCGAAAACGCCAGGUAAUGAAGUUAACGGUGAAAUUCCAGAUGACGUGUUUGGUUCACCAAUAGACUUAACGGAUGAAAAGGUAGUUGCUGCAGCCACUACUAUUCAGGCAACAUUUAGAGGAUUUCAGACGAGACAGAAUUUGAAGGCAGAUGAAAAAGGUGAAACCGAUGAAAAGCCUGUCUCAGAACCAGUUGAAAACGAAGUCAAGAAAUCGGCAGAAAUCGUAGAAGAGACCCCUUUAAAUUCCGUUAGUGAAGGUUUCGAUUCAACAACCGAACAGCCGAGCUCCAUCUUGGAAGAUGUUGACGACAAGAUGAUCGCCGCGGCGACGACGAUUCAGGCCAAUUUUAGAGGGUAUCAGACGAGGCAAAUCUUGCAAAACAGAGACUCCGCACUUCCGACCUCGGAAGAUACCAACCAAUCGAGUGAAAGGAAAACACCGACAGCGCUUACACCCGAAUUGAUCGAAUCAGUCAAGGAGGAAGUGGACGAUAUUUGUAAAGAGGCCGAAAUCAUUGCAGCUGAAAGAGCAGAAUCCGUAGAAGGGAUGGUUGCCGGAGUCCAUCAAGUCGUCGUGGAGGCGAAGGAGUCGACUACUCUCCCGAGUGUGUCGGAGUCUGUACAAGCGGUGAGGGGGAGUGUGACACCCCCGUCUGUAAGCGAUGCCGGCGCAGAGGAUGUUGACAACUACGAUGGCAAGGAGGAGGUCUUCGACUCGCUUCCGACAGAUGAGAAGACGGUCCACGCUGCGACAACCAUCCAGGCCUCCUUCAGAGGGUUCCAAGUCAGGAAGAAUCUUCAGGACAACCAAGAACAACCUGACUCGAUGCCGGAUUACCCACCCCCAGCGGAGGACGACCUCAUGCCCUCCCUGGACGACCUCCCGCCUCCGGACUUCGAGGCUCUGGAAUCCUCGUACUCAGAGGACGCCCCCACAGAGCCUCUCGCACCGCCGCCGCCCCCGGACUCUGUCAUCUUCAACGAAGAGGACGAAGAUGAGCUGAUGUCCCUCCAGCAGCUCCAGAGACCGCCAGAGUGUGACGAGCUCCCCGAGCACAGACUGACCGUGGACACCGACUCCUCGGAGAGCUCCCUGUCCAGCGCCGCCACCAAGAUACAGGCGGGGGUCAGAGGAUACCUCACCAGGAAACAGAUGCAGGCUCAAGGAGACACCGGAGGCACGACCUCCACCUCCACGAACGUGCUGGACAGUGACCAGUCGCUGAGCGUGUCGCGAGAGGAGGACGGAGUGAGAAGUGCGAUAUCCACGGAGGAGGAGAGCGAGGUUUGCCGCCACGUGGUCAGCCCUGACAGUGACACGAUCAUGGAGAUGGAGGUCCCUCGCUCCUCCAGGAGCGCCACCAAGAGGAUGUCCUUGGGCAGUAAUGCGGCAGAGCUACCCCCGGCCCGUCAGCGAGCACCCCUCCGCACCGCCAUGUCUGUGCAGGGUCCUGUUCCUGUUUCGGACGACGAUGUCUGGAACACAUUGAAGGGCGAAAUGUCGGACGCAGCCACCAGGAUCCAGUCCAACUUCCGGGGUUAUCGGGCGAGGAAGCAGCUCCAACGAGAGGACGCGAUGCAGGUGACUUCCAGCUCGAGCCAAGCCACGGGAAGUUCCGGGAGUCCAGCUGGGGACGCGGGGAGGGUCUCGGCGGCCAGCGAGGUCCGAGACGUCGAGGACACCGUCCAAACCGCCAGGACCUCGGGGGAGUACCACGAUAUCAUCGCUCUCACUCCGCCGUCUAUCCAGACUGAAGGUGGGGGAGCGGACGCUGCGGCGGUGUCGGCGGCAGUGGCGGGCGAGCCUGCAGACGACUCGGACCUAGAGAUGGUCAAGAGGCGAGCGGAGGACGACGCUAAAGAGGCGGCAGCUGCGACCAAGAUCCAGGCGACCUUCCGGGGCUUCAAGGCGCGCCAGGAGUUGAAGGACGUCGACCAAGCGGCGGCCAAGAUACAGGCGGGUUUCCGCGGUUACAAGGUCAGAAAGGAGAUGAAGAACGGAAGGUCGAGGAGGUCGUCGAACCCGGAACAGGGCGAGGCCCCCCAGAGGAUACAGCACUCGGGGAGUGUCGAGGAGUCCGCGGCCACCAAGAUACAGGCGGGGGUGCGCGGCUUCCUGGUGCGGAGGAAGUACCAGAAGGAGCAGGAUGCGGCCACCAAGAUCCAAGCGGGAUUCAGAGGAUACCACAGCCGCAAACAGGUCACCAACUAGUAAGUUGCAUUUACAGACAAAGUGUGAUACUACCCUGUUAUUUAUUUGUAUUUCGCGUAGUCAGGUAGUGUGUUAUACUAAGUAAAUUCGUACGUUAUUUUUAUAUAUCCUUGGAUUAGUUGUGUUGCCAUUUGUUUACUCUCUGGAUUCAUCACAGCAAUACUCUGACAGGUUGUGUACUCGCGGAUCUUCGGAUCCGAACAAUUUUUGUUGUAAUUGGGCAGCGUUAAGAUUAAAACUGUUUAUGAGUUUUUUUAAUGUUUGAAAUGAUUCCUAUGGCACCCAAGAGCAAUGGUACUGAUAUUUAGAAUUCAAAUUUAUACAGUAUUUUCCAUAGAUCACAAAACUAAAACUAAAUCAGAACAGAGUUGGAUUAAUGAUAUGACUUAGCAAAUUUAUUAUUGCACACAAUAAGUAAUUAAUGCAUACUCAUAAAGAAUUUUAUAGGUAAUAUACUUAUUCUAUAGACUUUUAAGUAUGAAUAUGACAUUCACCAUGAUUAGUUAAUCUUUCUUUGAAUAUAUAUUGUUUUGCAGAAUGUUUCUGAUAUAGUUUCUUAAAUUAAGAUUGUAAUUAGAUUUUUAACUAAUUGUCAGGGGAAAUUAUUUUUGGUUUUAAAACAUCUGUAGUUUGGUUCCCAUUACUUUUUCUCGUUACCAUGUAUAAAUAUUUCUUUCUCAUUCAUACUGUUACCCUAAUGCUUUCUUAAUCGUACACAUGAUGAAAAUCUUGUCAAAUGCAGCACCUUUCAAUGAACUGUUUGUUCGUUACACUGAACUACAUUAUACUAGGAAUGGUUAAUACAAUAAAAAAUAUGAAUGAAAUGAGCUUACAAUUUGUCCUAAAUUAUUAGCAUUUUUAGUGUUAUGCUGUUUCUAAUUAGUCUUUUUUUGGAGUUGCACUUAAAAGUACCUGAACUUUUAAAUGAACUUUUUACGAACCAAAACGUAUGUAGUAAUGAUCUGUUUACUGCUAACUUUGCAAAUAUAAACAAUCGUAUGUUUAAAACAAUCUUUGAGAAAGUAUAUAUCAAAGAGAUUUAUAAUAAACUUAAUGAACUGAUAAAUGUCCAACAAAAUAUUUCCAAAUAUGUUCCUAAUAUUUUCUUUUUGAUGAGUUAAAAUGUAUGAUAUAAAUUUAAAAUACCGAUAUAAAAAAUGAAAUUCGUUACUAAACUAAACGACUAAAAUAGAUUUUAAACUUCAUUAUGGCGAUGCUUGUAGUGUUUAAUAUCUACUUCCUUAUUUUUAUAAUACUUCAACUGAUAUGUUAUAGGAUGGAAUGUAUAAUAAUGUGCCUCAACAAUGUAAUGAGUAAAAUAUGUACGCUUCUAAUCAAAGCAGGAAGGGACCAUUCAGCUUGGCCGUCUGACUAACAGAAGCUUAAUAAAGCCACUGAUCAGCUAGUAUCUUUUAUUUUUAUAGAAUACGUCAACUUCAGAGUGAAAUAUGUUCUUGAUAAAUCAAAAUAAACAAGCCCUAAUCCAUGAAAAUUAGUCACAAGCAACCAAAUUAACUAAUAACUUAUCAAAUCCAUUCUAUUUAAAGUUCCUCUCGAUUCGCAUAAUUUCAUCAUAUUAUACAAAACUAGAACAUUCCAUUAAAAAAGCACUUCACUUGGGACAGUAACUUUUUAGCUGUCUCCAUAUGAAGUUGAUUGUUUUCAUUCAUUAAUAAAAAGAGAUAAAUUUUUUAUAGUAAUCUCUUCAAAAUAAUACAUAUAAUAUAUACAAAAAUUCAAUUGCUGGCACUUCACACCUAUAUCGGUCGUAUUCCUCUGUAACUAAAACAGUUUGGUGCUAUGUACUUGAAUUAGAAGGUGCACAACCAAGAAAAGAAUUAGUCCAGUUUUGUAGGAAGUUUUGUAACCAGAUUUAGACGACGUAAAGUUUUGUAGACAUUUUUAGAGAAGUUGCAUAGCCUAUAUAAAUGUGUAGGAUUUUGUUCUAAACUGUUCAUAUUACAGGGUACAGUAAGAAAUUUAAAUUUCCUGGUAUAUGUUGUAUUAGUACCCACAGACAAUACAGCAUUACAGUGUAAUGUCUGAUUUGAUAUCCUAUCCAACUUAGGCAAUGUUCACAAUAAAUUAAACAUAUUUUGUUUUUCAUUCUGCAAAUUGUCUUCAAAACUAAAAAUAUUAAAUUAAUAAUUUAGUGAUAGCAUGAAAGGUGUUUCAGUAUAAAUUAGAAAUGCGUUGUAUUCAUACAUUUGUGGAUGAGAACGUACUCUUUUACGUUGUUAUACGUAAUAUGUUCUUGUUGAAACAGAUUUUAAUUCUAUAAAGCAUAUACAAUUGUUAUAAGAUGUCUAUAAAUUUCCAAAGCAUUGUUAUUGUUCUCUAAAUUGUAGCUCAACAAUGAAAGCACAAAUGCAUUAUAAGUAUUUUCAAUGUACUUAUUUUUACUCUUAAGAGGUAAUCUGUGUGUAAAACAUUACUUCUUUAAUUUAAUCGAGUGGUUGUAGGCAUAUUUAUAAACAUUUUAGCCCAAUCGAACUUCCAAAAAUUGCUCUAUCAGCCACUCGACUAACAUGUUGGCUAAUAAAAUAAAAUCUCCUUUCUAGAAAGUACUUUUCGUGCCCAGACACCGAUUCCCCCUCUCGUGCUCUAAUGUGAUUUUGAAAUCAAAGAUUGUGUAAGUUAGUAUGUGUGUAUGAAGUCGUCUAAAUUAAUGUUCUAUAUUUUUCAAUCCGGUAAGUCUGUGUAAUGAUGUAGUUAGGAGCUGUGCGAACUGUGCACCGACUCAGUUGUAUUGUUAAUGAUGUAAUGUAACCGACAACACUGUUAUAGCAUUGCACAGGACCGUGUUAGAAGGAUCAUAUCUAGGUGGACAUAUCUUACUGUAUAAGCUGGCUCUUCGUGUAGAUACGUAUGUUGUAAUAAAACUUAUAGACAUCUCCCUUGUAAAUAACUAUGUAUUCUAAAGUUUAACCUAACAGUAAUGUGCAGCUGGGAUGGAAUGUAUAGAAUAUGGUGUGCCAUAUUUAAGUUAGCUGUUAUUCUUGUCAGUUUGGCCUAACGAGUUCAGUAUAUUUGUUGGGUGGACCAUUAUUAAAUCCAUUUUCACGUUUGUUACUAAACUUGAACUGUUUUAGAUAAAAUGUACCAUUUGUAUGUGAAUAAAACAUUCUACUUUA